UGACUUAAAUAUGUUUAAGUCUCUGAAAAUUGGGAUCUAAGGAAAUUGGUAAAUUAUGAACUGAGCACUAAAUGAUAUAAGGUGUCUUCAACUUUCUCAGUAUGAGAUCUUUGUCCUGCUAAGUUGACUUUUCUCUCCAAAGAAGCCUCUAUAAACCUCACACCAUGACCCGGAUCAGAACUACCACUCCCGAGCCACCUAGGCUCCACAUGAAUGGGGGCAACACUUGAUCUCAGUGGCUGAGGUCAGGGCUGCUGGGUCCCAGCACUCUCCUCUUACUUCAGAGACUAUGUCAGCACAUUGUGAUGCAGGAGCAGGAGCACAAUGCCCAGAGCAGCCAGACCUCCUGCACUUCUUUUACUAAGUGGUUAGCUGCCUGCCCAAUAGACAUAAACACCUUCUGCCAAAGAAAUGUGAGAAGUGUUGGAAACCUGCUGUUUGGAGACUAUUCUCCUGAGUAGACAUCCAGGAGAUCUCCAGAGAUCUAUUUCAGCCUCACAUCUAUACUUCAUCAUGAAAAGGAGGAAGCCCAAACUGAAAUGAGUUAAGAACUUUGUCUCCAAGAGAGGACUGUGGCUUGGCCCUGAGUUGAGCACCAUGAAGAAGAACAAGAGGAACCCCACCACAAGGAUCAAUGAGCGAGACGCCAUCUCUAUCCCAACCUCCCAGGAUCCAAGAAAUCUUCAAAAUAUGUUGGAUGGAGGAGAGUAUGCCCCUUUUGUAUCUCCUCCCAUAUUAGAGAGCAAUUUUAUCCAGGUUAACAGGAGAGGUGAAUCCAUUUACCUUCAUAACCGAGCCAACUGGGUGACUGUAGGCAUCUGCUCUUCCAGUGAAACCCGCAAGAUCCCCAACGUGAUGCUUCUGGCACAUCUGACACCUGAAGCUCAGAAAAAUACAAAAUCCCUGUUUCAGAGUCUCUUGACAUCUCCUUCACCGCAGAACCUGGUGCUCACCAGGUUCCUCCCUCUGCAGUUUGUGACCCUUUCUGUGCACGAUGCUGAGAACAUGCGCCUCAAAGUAAAGCUGGUGAGUGGUCGAGCCUACUACCUACAGCUCUGCGCCCCUGCGUGUAAACAAGACACCCUCUUUUGUCAGUGGGUGGAACUCAUUUCCCUCUUGAAUGAGGAAAAAGCCAAAGUUUCCAAAUUGUCAGAAGUCUCAAGCCUCUCAGAAAUCACGAAUAGCACCGACAUCACGGGCUCGGGGGACAUCAUGGAUAUUGCAGCCUGCACAACCCUACAGAGCCCACCCUUGUGCUUGUGUUCAGAACCUGUACAUGCUGUAGAAAGCACUGAUUUCUCAGAUUUCACCGAUGUCACAGACGUCACUGAUGUCACCGACGUCACAGAUGUUCCAGAAAAUGAGGACACAGAGGCCCCAGAUAUAAAUAUUGUCACAGAAGUCACAGAAGUCACAGACCUCUGUGACGACCCAAACUGCUCGGAGGUCACAGUGGUGUUUGAAAAUGAUGACAUACUAAGGGCCAAGCAAGAGGAAAAGGAAAAAAUGGGAAACACUCUGAAGCCUGGGUGUCUACGAGAUACAAAAAUUAAGAACGAGUUCAGAGAACCCUCAAAACAUGUCACCAUCUCAAAUGUAACGCUGACUUUCCAAGGUGAACGAUGUUUUCAUACUACCUUGACUCAAGAAGAAAGUGACACGAGUUCAUCCAACCAGCUGAGCACCAGAUCCUCUGAAAUAAAGACAACUGAACUUAAAAGCCUAGCUCUCAAGGCUGAAGAAUCCAGGAGCAUGAGAACUGACUCCGUCACCUCAGGCUUACAUAGUUUUUCCAUUUUCCCUCUGAUUAGCAUUUCCUUACCUGUUGCCACACUCCUCUGAAUCACUUCUUUCCCCUUUCAUACUUACUUACUCACAUUUUACACUUCCUACCCCAAGAAGAGCAAAGAUUAGUAGAAUCUUUCUUCCUUGUCCUUGGAAUUUAGACUGAAUGUAGAUGAAAAAUGAGUCGGUGAAUCUGAUUUCUAUUCCAGGCAGUUCCCGUAGCAAUUAAACAAAACAAAACAAAACCAAAAAUAUGGUACCAUUAACCUAUUCAGGUUCACCAUCACCCAACUCCUUUACACCCAUGCCUGGGGACCAUGGUCUCUUAUUCAUGUCUCAAAUCUCUCAGCAGUUUGACACUUUGCUCCUUUCUGAGUAAGGCUUCGUCAGGGGGCAUUGCGCACAUACUCUUUUUAUGACAAGGCUACAAGGCAUAGUUCAGGCUGACACUGUCUCUCUGGAUCUGGGCCCACCGCUCCCUUUUCUUGACUUUUAAUUUCUUACCUAUCUAGGUAUUACUCACCUUAGCUCUGCUGAUCUCUUUGCGGGAAGCCCAAAUUUAGGUUUACCUAUGGUCCAAUGGUAUUUUCCCAAGAUGGUAGGCAAUUGAACAAAAGACAGAGAGCUGAGAAAGACCACAGGGGAAAAUUGCUUAUGAAAUCUGGGGCAUGUGCUCUCCAUCCAAACCCAUCUUUCUUUUCCACUUUUCUCUGAACUAUUGCAAAUCAAAUUCCUUGAAAUCCUAAAUAGCCAGGUUCAGUCUCUGUUUAUGAAACACGGUCUAAAAAGAGAAAGGGUGGGGGGACCCCAAAAGGGAAGCUGUUUGUGAAAUCUAACAAUGGGCUCCAUUGGAAAGAAUAAAGACAUUUUUUUUUUUAUUUAAGACCAAAUUAAGUUGUCUCUCCUUCUGUGCUUUUUUUCUCUCCUGCUUCUGGCUUUUUCCUUUCUUCCUCACUUCCCUCUCUCUUUUCCAAUUUCCCCACUAUUUUUCAUUUGCCCUCUGACUCCCUCCUCUUAUGUCAAUCUACUUCCCUCAAUCUCAUGCCUUAUGUGUGUCCCCUUUUCUCAGGGGAAUGGAUGUGAGGAAAGGAAAG